AUGUCAUAUCUAUGUCUACUCAUAUCUAUCUAUCUAUCUAUCUAUCUAUCUAUCUAUCUAUCUAUCUAUCUAUCGAUAGAUCGAUCGAUCGAUGUAUUUAUGAGUCAGGGACCUAUACCUAUACUUAAUAUCUAUCUAACUAUCUAUCUAUUAGUCAGUUACCUAUACCUACUCAUAUCUAUCUAUCUAUCUAUCUAUCUAUCUAUCUAUCUAUCUAUCUAUCUCAGUCUUCCCACAUCUAUCUAUCUAUCUAUCUAUCUAUCUAUCUAUCUAUCUAUCUAUCUAUCUAUACAUACAUAUAUACAUACAUACUUAUUAUAUUUAAAUUGUUGUACUUGUUCUAUCUAUCUAUCUAUCUAUCUAUCUAUCUAUCUAUCUAUCUAUCUAUCUAAUUCGUCCAUUUCUUUCACUCUAUCUCACCGUCUUAAUUUCUAUCUAUCUAUCUAUCUAUCUCAGUCUUUUCAUUUCUAUCUAUCUAUGUUCUUCUCUUCUCUCUCUCUAUCUAUCUUAAUCUGUUCAUUUCUUUCUGUCUUUCCUUCUUUCUGUCUUUCCUUCUUUCUUUCUUUCUUUCUCAUUUCGUUCAUUUCCAUCUAUCUAUCUAUCUAUCUAUCUAUCUAUCUAUCUACACACAUAUACAUAUUCCAUCUGAACACAAUCCUCGAUGUUGAUUGGCUCUUUUCCUUUCUUUUCGUUUAUUGGUCUAUUGGUAUCAUCUGUCGGCAGUAUCCAAUCUUUUCUUUCACAACUUUUCGAAAUCCUUUUCUUUCUUUUUCUUUCUUUCUUUCUUUUCCCUCUUUUUCUGAAAUCCUUUUCGGCUUUUUGUUUCUUUCAUUGACAUUAUUGCUUUUUUUUCUUUCUCAGUGUACGUCUCUCUCCUAUCUUUUCAUCAUCAAUUUUCUUAAAUCCUUUUUCUUUCUUUCUUUCUUUUUUUCUUUCUUUCUUUCUUUCUUUUUUCUUUCUUUCUUUGAUCUUAUUUCCUUUUUUAGCAGUAUUCUUCUCUAUCCUAUAUUUUAUUUCACAAUUUUUCGAAAUCCUUUUCUUUCUUUCUUUCUUUCUUUCUUUCUUUCUUUCUUUCUUUCUUUCUUUCUUUAUUGUUUUUUUGUUUUUUUCUUUCUCAGUAUUCUUUCUCUCUCUCUCUCUCUCUCUCUCUCUCUCUCUCUCUCUCUCUCUCUCUCUCUCUAA